AUGGUGGCUGGCAACACCAAAAGGCGAUGGUACAUUCUUGAAUUCGGCACCAUCUUUGCCACUGACGAUGCAUUAACGGAAUCCAUUGAUCGCAAUUCAACACAAGUGGGGCGCGCCCAUGGCAUCUAUGUGAACUCAGCGCUGGGCGGCUCUGACUUGCACCUCUUGAUGUCUCUGGUGUUCACCAACAAGGAGUACAAUGGCAGCACCCUUCAGAUCCAGGGUGCUGAUAGGUUUCUCCACAAGUACAGAGAGGUUUCUGUGGUGUCUGGAACUGGGAAGUUCCGGUUUGCCAGGGGCUAUGCCACCUUGGAGACUGUUUACUUGGAUAUUCCGGGUUCCAACGCCAUCAUUCGAUGGAAUGUUACCUUUCUUCAUUAUUAA